AUGGUGGAAAAGUUGGACACGCGGAGCUGUAUCUUUUCGCUGCUCUACUCCGUUGUGUCGUUUGCGGUGGCUUGCGCAAGCUUGUCCACGCUGAACCCGAGUGAUCGCAUAACGGUGCAGAAAGGUGCGCUGCUUAUCAGCUUUGGCUUUGUGUACUUCGUCGCACUUACCGAAUUUCUGAACAAGCUGCUGCUGCGGACAACCAUCGGGCACAGCUUUGUUAAGCGAUAUCGGUUGCGUGUUUCGGAUGUGCUGGAUAUAACGAAUAAGCUCGUAUCAGCCGUUCAGGCCGCCUUUUCCUGUAUUGCUGGGCUUUUCGUAUGCCGCUGGUCAUGUCCGAGAAAUUUUCUGCACGCCUCACACUUUUUGUCGGAAUCGUACGCUUGGUUUGCGGCGUCGUACUUUUUCUACGACCUUUGGUCCAUGUACAAAAUCUACGCCGCUGAAGCGGCCGUCAAAAUCAAGGUUAAACUCGGUCUGCAAUCGGUAACCGGAGAUAAUAACAAUGUGGGCGGCAGGAAUGGCACAGCGAACGGUAAUGGUGGAACGGUGGCGGAAAAGACGCUGCAAGCACUGGACGACAUCCCGAGCGUGGAACAGGGUACACUUUCCUUUGUGAAUCCGUGCAAAAUAGGCAUCCCAAGUUUUGCUAAGUACCUGUCAACGCAUCCCUUGAUGGUGUUUCAUCAUCUGUUCAUCGGGUCGUACGGAUUAGUCGUAAUAUCGUAUCUUCGUGGCGGUCUGGGAGAUUGCGUAUUUAGCUUCAUGUUUAUGAUGGAACUUUCCACGCCGUUCGUAUCAUUCCGUAGCAUUCUCAGUGUGAUGGGAUUGAAACAAUCGAAACUGUACGUCAUCAAUGGGCUGGUGAUGCUGGUCACUUUCUUUUGGUGUCGCAUCUUUCUAAUGCCCUAUGUCUGCUACUACUAUAGCCAGGUGGUGAAUAAGCCAUUCAUUGAGGCUGUGUCGAAUUUGCCAUGGGGAUGUCAAGUAAGCAUUUUGGCACUGUUUUUGCCUCAGCUGUACUGGUUCCGGUUGAUGGUACGAGGCGCUAUGAAGGUAUUUUUCCCAUCGAAAAACAAACGCAACACAACGAUUGCUGCAAAUUCUUGCGGAAAUGAAGUGUCCACCAACGGAGAAACUAUAAAAUCUUCCCAAUCCAAAGAUAGUGAAAUACGGUCCCUAAUGUAA